AUGGGCUUCAUAUCCACCUUGGCACGCUGCGUGCGAAUUAAACGCCUCUCCAAAAGGCUCUCAACAACAAGCACCAAACGCCACGACGAAGACUCGAACGAUCUGAUCAAAACAAACUCAGAAACAGCCUCGCUGGCACGCGCAAGUAUGGACUCAACCUCAACAAUGGUCCACCACACCUUGCACGAGCCAGUUCUGCCUUCUGAGUCACCAGCAAACCGUAUGGAGAUCAGACCAGAUACUGGAAAUGUGCGGACAUUGUUCGAUGAAGAUGCAACCUCUACCUCGCAUUCAUCGGAGCGCACAGUGGGCAGACCCGCGUACCCGAUUUUGAAAUUGGAUUGUCGGUCGCCGGUCGAGGCACCGAGGAGGGUGGUACAGGGGCCUUUGGAUAUGGGGGAUGAGGUGAAGGGGGGUGGGACGACGGCCCAGAGGGGCUUUUUACCUCAGAAAUGUGAGAAGAAGGAUAGGGAGUCUGUGACGGCUAUGUUGAAGAGGCACUGUGGGUUGAAUAUCCCGCGCUCGUCGGUUUCGAUUAAGACCUCGUCGCGUAGUCUGACUUCGCCAAAGUGGUUGGAUUCUACUGGGAUUACUGAGGAGGAGAGGUUGGUGGAUAAGCAGGAUGAGAAGUGGGUGGAGGCGGGUUUGCAGGGUGCUGAGAAAAGGAGGGAUAGUGCAUGGGGCAGUAUUGGGUUUGGAAGAAUGCGGUAG